AUGUGCAGGCCAUUCUGUCCUGACUCGAAGAUGCAGUCGUGCUUGGGCAAUGGUGGGAGAGAGCUUCCAUUCGGUCCCACAGCCAACGACGGGCAAGGGCCGGGUGUGGAGCCGGACAAGGAGGGACGUGCCUCAGUGACACUGGAGGCAGAGAAGACGUCGCCCAUUGCCAUCGGAAGAUAUGGUUCUGGCGAAAGCCAACCAGCCAACGGAUUAGCGCUCGCCGACUGUCGUCGUUGGACGGCGGCGCAAUGGGCUCUGCGCAAGGGCAGGGGGCAACCCAUGACAACCUAA